UAGUGUUAUUGUACUCGUGGACAGUUGCUUAUCGAGUAGAAACAAAAAUUUUGCAGUGCAAGUGUGUCCAGUGCGUGACAGAUAUGUCAAAGUACUGGCAAUUGUUGUAGACGAAUUCGCCGUGCGUUGCCAACGCGAGUGUAGCAAAGUAUCAGCAGGUUUCCGACAAAAAGCUUUCACCACUUUUUGCACGCCCACGCACACACGAUACACAACAAACACGCACAGCACAAAAUAAAACAAUAUCUUAGACAACAAUUGAAUUGGGAAACCCCCUUGCAAGAUGCAACAGAACUCGGCCAGCAAUCCGUUUUCGGUGGCUGCCUAUGGCGAGCGACCCCAAAUGGGGCUGGACGUGGAGUUCGGUGCAGAUCCGGCCAGUGGUGCGGCAUUCUUCCAAAGCGAUGGCCGUAAACAUGAUGAUCUCAAGCAGAUGCUGGACAGCAACAAGGAUGGCCUUAAGCUGGAGGCAAUGAAGCGCAUUAUUGGCAUGAUUGCACGAGGCCGUGAUGCCAGCGACCUUUUUCCGGCCGUCGUCAAGAAUGUCGUCUCCAAGAACAUCGAGGUAAAGAAGCUGGUGUAUGUGUAUUUGGUGCGCUAUGCCGAGGAGCAGCAGGAUUUGGCGCUGCUCUCCAUAUCGACAUUUCAGCGUGCACUGAAAGAUCCCAAUCAGUUAAUACGCGCAUCCGCCUUGCGUGUGCUCUCUUCCAUACGGGUCAGCAUGAUUGUGCCCAUUGUAAUGUUGGCAAUCCGCGACAGCGCCGCGGAUCUCAGUCCCUAUGUGCGUAAGACGGCGGCACAUGCUAUCCCCAAGCUCUACUCGCUGGAUGCAGACCAAAAGGAUGAGCUGGUCACGGUUAUUGAGAAACUACUCUCAGAUCGCACCACCCUGGUUGUGGGCUCUGCUGUUAUGGCCUUCGAUGAGGUUUGUCCGGAGCGCGUGGAUCUUAUACACAAGAACUACCGCAAGCUGUGCAAUCUGCUUGUGGAUGUGGAUGAAUGGGGUCAGGUGAUCAUCAUUAACAUGCUGACCCGCUAUGCACGCACACAGUUCGUCGAUCCCAAUGCUGACGAGGAGCACGGCCAGGGCGAAUCUCUAGAUGGCGAUGCGCCAGCCAACGAGCGAUUCUAUGACGAGUCUUCAAAUUCUAGCAGCGAUGCUGAGGCCAGCAGCGAUGACGAAGCGCCUGGCAAGCCCAAGUCCAGCAAGUCAAGCAGCAACAACAACAACAACAAUGACAAAGACAAACAGAAAGACAAAGACAAAGACAACGAUAACAACUGCAGUAACAGCAGCAGCAACAGCUACCACAUCGAUCUCGAUCAUCGGCUGCUGUUGCGCCAGACCAAGCCGCUGCUGCAGUCGCGCAACGCAUCCGUUGUCAUGGCCGUCGCCCAGCUCUAUCAUCAUGUGGCGCCCCGCAACGAGGUGCAGCUAAUAGCUAAGGCACUCAUCCGUCUAUUGCGAUCGCACAAGGAAGUGCAGAGCGUGGUGCUCAAUUGCAUUGCGUCCAUGUCGGCGCGUCGUAAAGCGAUCUUCGAGCCACAUUUGAAGUCGUUCUUUGUGCGCACCAGCGAUCCAACGCACCUCAAGCUACUCAAGCUGGACAUACUCACGAAUCUGGCAUCAGCCUCGAGCAUAUCGCUCAUAUUGCGCGAAUUCCAAACAUACAUCUCCAGCAAUGACCGCCCCUUCGUGGCAGCCACCAUUCAGGCGAUUGGCCGUUGUGCAGCGAGCAUCAAAGCUGUCACCGAGACCUGUCUGAGCGGCCUGGUACAUCUGCUCUCGAAUCACGAUGAGCACGUGGUCGCCGAGAGCGUGGUGGUCAUUAAGAAGCUGCUGCAGAGCAAGGCUGCCGAGCACUAUGAGAUUAUCACCCAGAUGGCCAAGCUGAUUGACUACAUCAAUGUGGCAGCGGCUCGCGCUGCCAUCAUUUGGCUGAUCGGGGAAUACAAUGAGAAGGUGCCGUUGAUAGCGCCUGAUGUGCUGCGCAAGAUGGCCAAAUCGUUUGUGGAUGAGCAGGAUGUGGUGAAGCUGCAGGUGCUCAAUCUGGGCGUUAAACUCUAUCUGACCAAUCCAGAGCAGACCUCGCUGCUUUGCCAAUAUGUCUUUACGCUGGCUCGCUAUGAUACCAACUAUGACGUGCGUGAUCGAGCGCGUUUCUUGCGCCAGUUCAUCUUCCCCGCCAGCGGCGGCAGCACAGUGCUUACCCAGAAUGCACGCGAUAUAUUCUUGGCGGCCAAGCCGGCACCUGUGCCGGAGAGCAAGUACCGUGAUGGCAAUCUGUAUCAGCUGGGCUCGCUCUCUCACUAUUUGAAUAUGCAGGCCACGGGCUACAAGGAGCUGCCUGCCUUCCCCUCUGUUGCGCCCGAUUCGAGUGUGCGCAACAUAGCUGGCUACAUGCAGGAGAAGCUGCCUGGCGAGAGUCCGACGCGCAGCAAAUCCUCGUCCCAAGGUGCUGCCAAGGAGGCGGGCGACAAGGGCUUCCUAUCCGAAUCAGAGAAGUCAUCCGCUUACACCGGCUCCAGCGGCAGUAGCAGCGACAGCAGCGGCUCCUCUGGCAGCGACGCAUCCUCGGGCAGCGAUAGCGAACAGGAGCCAGGGGCGCCGGACCAGUUGAAGGCCGAUCGGGUCCAAGCACAAAGCAAGGCAAUAAAGGCGGCCAUUGUUAGCGGCCAGCUGAUCGAUGACAUCAACAAUAGCAGCAGCAGCAGCAAUCCAAUCGAGCCACUCGCUGUCGCUACCGCCGCUCCCUCAACGGGCAACAACAACAACAACAAUGCCAUCGCCAAUUCAGGCACCUCCGACAGCGGCGAAUCGUCGUUCUACAGCGGCAGCAGCAGCGGCGAAUCGAGCAGCGACUCGGCCAGCGACAACGAGCAGCCACAGUCACAGCCAAAGAAUGCUCCAGUGACGUCAUCCGUUGAACAAAAGCAAGCGAAACAACAGCCGGAAUCUCAGCCAGAGUCAUCAGCCAAAACCAAUUUGGAUCUGCUGCUCGAUCUGGAUGAUAUACCGCCCAUUGGGCCAGUGAUGACACCCUCGCUCGGUGGCUUCCUGACGCCAGGCACUCCAAUGCUGCCGGGACAGUCUGCAUUGCAGCCACUGCAGGCGAGCAAUCGGGUCGAGCUGGUUGGCCCUUCGCACACGGAGUUCAGGCACAAGGAGCUGCUGAACAAGGUGAGCGGCUACGGACUGCAGCUGUCGUAUCGCUUCACACGCUCGCCGCAUCUCUACUCGGCCGCAAUGUGCACGAUUGAGUUGCAGUUCCAGAAUCGCAGCGACCAGGUGCUGACCAGCAUACGGAUGGGCCAGCAGCAGCUGCCGCCGGGCAUGCAGCUGAGCGAAUUCGCGCCCAUCGCUCAGCUGCAGCCAGAGCAGCUGGCGAGCGGCAUCUUGGGCGUCGACUUCAAUGAUACAACGCAUGCAAUUGAUUUCGAGCUCAUCUCCAGCGGCGGCUGUGCACGUGUCCAGCUGAAGCCGCCAGUUGGCGAGCUGGUGCGCUCUGUGCAGAUCGGCGAGAGCUGUCACAAGGAGGAGCGAGCCAAGCUGCGCGGCAUGAACGAGCAUCAGUGCGAGCUGCGUGGCGUGCAGCGCGAUCUAACCGAUCUGCAGACGCUCAAGCAAAAGGUCUACGAAUGCAUCAAUGUGGCCCAUACAUACAGCUCGGCCAACAGCCAGCUCCAUUGCUUUGCUGGCCAAACGUUGAGCUCCAAAAGUCUCGUUCUGCUCACGUUGCAAUGGCAAACGGAUGAGGCGCUCACGCUGCUGGUCAACUGCGAGAAGAUGGUCAUUGGAUCGAUGGUGCUCAACGAGCUGCGCAACGCGCUUCAACAGAGCUUUGCCAUGUAGAUUGCUAUAUCAAUAUCUAUAUAUAUAUACACAUAUAUAUAAAGUCGGCAUGAUGCGUGACUCAUUCAGCAAGGGCAGCACGACAUGGUUUCUCAUGGUCACAUAGAACAACGUCGCAGCACUAUAUAAAGCUAAGCAGAACAAAAUACAAAACAAUAUAAUAUACACAACAUAUAUAUAUAUAUAUAUAUAUAUAUAUCGAUAGAUAUAAAUCGAUCUAUCUAUAUAUACUAGCCUAGAUUAAGCCAGAUGCGAUUCCAAGCAGCUUUAAUGAAUGUAAAAGCUAAGCAACAAUUUAAAUAAUCUUAUCUGUGUCCGCGUGUGUGUGUGUGUGCGUGUGCCUAU